AUGCACUUCACCACCACCACCCUCGCUCUCCUCGCCACCGCCGCCACCGGCGCCCUGGCCGCUCCCUCCGGCCCCGUCGCCACGACCCCCACCCCCAGCCUCUUCGUCAGCGGGCUGAACUGGAACGUUACCGACAGCGGGGUCAACGUGUCGUUCAACGUCAAGGCCGGCUACGACGGCAAGCAGACGUACCACUGCUCGACGACGGGCGGCGCGGGCGGCAUCAACGCCAAGUUCACGUGCGACAGUAACGCGGAUAUCGAGUACCAGUUCGUGGCGGGCGGCGAGAGCUGGCCGACGCAGUGGUUUGAGGUGUUUUGGAAGUUUGCGCCGGGUGUCCUCGCCAACGAUGGCAAGACUUACCUCGCCGAUGGUGUGAACAGCCUGCCUGAUCCGAAGUGCACGCAGGCUUGCUCGGUGGAUAGCUUGGUUAUGCAGGGACGCACGACUGUUGUUGAGAACUGA